AUGGCUCCCCUCAGCGUAAUGCUGCUCAUCAACCACGCCAAUACGUCUAUGCCCGGCCAGUGGGCAAUUUUUAUAGCAAAAGAUAGGAAACAGAAAGGAACCCUAUUCCGCGCUGUGGAAGAACGAUCCGAUGGGAUCAAUCGUGAGCUCAGAAAGGGGUUUUUUAUUAAUCCCCAAGAAACGGUCAGCGUCAUCACCCUAGGCGCCAUCGUUGACUUGGACAUUUUCCUUUUAGAAGAAACUGCCGCCCAAGUCGUCAUGCCCUGGGCCAAGGGUGCUUACUCUAAGAAAGCUGACUGUCGAGAAUGGGUCUUCUUGUUUGUUCAAGCGCUGGUUCAAGAAGGCUUUUUGAGACCCGCUGUCAUCGAGAAGCUGCGGUUGGCACGUGAACUGAGCAUAGACGGACCAGCUAUACGUGUCUGA